AGAGGAGCGUUGCUUGUGUUCACUGCUGAGUCAUUGAGGUGACGGUCUAACGAAGAAAAGAAAUGGCGCAGGAUUAUGUGGACAGUAAAAUCUAUCCAGAGAAGGUGGUCCUUUUCAUCAAAAAAAGCUGCCCUUAUUGUGUAUCAGCGCGGAAUGUACUUGAAACCUAUGAUUUCAAAGAAGACCGGCUGCAGAUCUACGAUAUUAGUGGCCAUUCCGAAAUGAAAGCUAUCCAAGAUUACCUUGAAAAGAUAACCGGAGCCAGAACAGUGCCACGUGUGUUCAUUGGGACAGAAUGUGUCGGAGGUGGCUCGGAUGUUGUUAAGUUGGAAAAGGAUGGAUUGCUGAAGGGCAAACUGAGUGCCAUUGGUGCCAUAUAACCCUUGCAGCAAAGCAGAAAACAAAGUACCACGGGUGCUGGAAAUCCGAAACAAGAACAGAAAGAGCUGGAGAAACUCUGCAAGUUUGGCAGCAUCUGUAAAGAAAGGAACAGAGGUGACAUUUCAAGUUCAAAAUGACUCUUCUUUGGAACCAAUGGAUGCACUUCCUUAAUCAAGCUGGUGAAAUCCAUAUGUUGUUAGGUUUCUAUGAGAUCAAACCCUAUUUUUGCAGAAUUACUACAAUGUUUAAUUUUCAAAUGGUCUAUAAUGCAUUGCAAGUGGUGGAGAAAUAUUUUAUGAAUAUUGGCUUACCUUGGCUUUGUUAUAUAAGUUUACAAUGUUAAGGUUGGUUGAUACAAGUUGUCUACUGGGCAUGCUCUGUAGCUGUGUGACAAUGUAUGAUUCGCAUAUCUGCUGUAGUCUGUGUAUCUGAUACAUUUCUGCACAUAUUAACAGAGCCAUGGCUUGGAGAAUGCUGGCUAGAAAACAGAAAGUUAGACAAAUUAACAUUUUUGUUAAAAAUAAUCACAGUAUUAAAAUGACAUUGUCCAAGA